GAACAGCUGGAGGCUGAAAACUUAGAAAUGAAGGUGGAAAAAGAAAGAAAAAAGCAGAGACAAGUUGUCCUCAUUUUCUUCACCCAAAACAAAGUCGAAAAAAUCAUCACCAUUGUCCAGAAAACAACGCAUACAUCUUCGAUCCUUAGUCCUUAUUCUCUCUCAUGAACCGGUGGUCCGGCGGUCGGGGUCGUAAGCCUCGGCGGCGAGCAUGGUGCUGCUCGUUCGCAAUCCCUCCGUCGAGCCCCGAAGUCAACACAAUCCCUCACUCCAAAUCGCGCCACAAAAACAAAACAGAAUCUUUUUCAAAACCCAGCGUCGUUUCGGUCCCAAACUCACCGCAGAGCGCCAAAUCCGGGUUUCCCAUCGUGGGCCGGAUCGACCCGCGCCGGAUCUUGUCGCCGGGAAGAGUCUCUCCCAUCGACUCCGAUCCCGCCCCCGCCGCCUCGCAGCUUCGAUCCCACAGCUUCCGCGACUCCUCGCCGCCGCCGCCGGAGAGUGCGGCGGCGCUGGACGUGAAGCUGAAGCUGCGAGGGAGGAGCGGCGGGAGCAUGGUGGUGGAGGUGGAGUCAGAGGUUCUGGGAGCGAACUCGGAGGUGUUUGCGGGUUUGAUAGCUGAUUGCAAGAGAGGUGUGGGUGGAGCCACCAUGGAAGUUGAGAACUUGGGAGUGUUCAGAGACACCAUUGAGCUUAUGUUUGAAGACGACGAUCGCAUCACCAAGACCCUCAUCAACGUUGGUGUUUCUCGCUCCAUUGAUAUUUUGGAGGUUUCAGCAGGAAUUGUGUUUGCUAAGGGCGUUCGUUGCUGCUUGAAGUACCUUGAGGCGGUUCCUUGGACUGAGGAGGAAGAAGAGAAAUUGAGGAGCCUGUUCACAAGAUUUGAGUUCGAUGAUGCAACAACAAGAGACAUCUUAGGAAGACUGUACUUGAAUGACUCAGUAGAUUCCAGGCCAAAUGUGGCUCAACAACUUGUUUGGUCUAUCAGCACUUGUGAGGAUGCAAAUGCCAGAAAUGAAAUGAAGUCACUAGUCAAGGGUCUUCUUUGCAAAAGCUCUGUGUAUGAGAAGAACCAUCUUGACCUCAGCAAGGAGGAUCUAUAUGCUGUUUGUGACUCGUGUUUGAGUUCACUUAUCAGUCUCUUUGAGGAGGCAUCUGACACCACCCCUCCUGAAAGGUUGAUGAAGAAGGACUCAAACAAGCCUCUGAUUGAGCGAAUAUCAAGACAGGUUGACAACAUCAACUGGUUGCUGGAAAUUAUGCUUGAUGGACAAGUGGCAGAGGACUUUGUGGAUAUAUGGGCACAUCAGCAACAACUUCUUAAAAUGCAUGACAUUGCAUCCCCUAUGAUCAGAUAUGAACUCAGUAGAGUGUCAGCAAUCUUAUUUGUUGCAAUGGGUACAAGAAAACUGCAAUGCCCUUUGGAAGCUAGAUCAGGGCUUCUCCAAGCAUGGUUUGGACCUAUGCUGUUGGACUUUGGUUGGCUGCAGAGAUGCAGAAAAGGGCUUGAUAUGAGGACCUUGGAAGAGGCUAUGGGGCAGACACUUCUUACUCUACCUUUAAAGCAGCAGUAUGUGCUGUUCAUGGAAUGGUUUCGCCAUUUCUCAAGGCAUGGAACUGAGUGCCCAAAUAUGAGCAAGGCAUUCCAGAUUUGGUGGCGCAGAUCUUUCUUAAGAGGCUCUGAGACUUAUGCUGUUGAAUCAAGAUAAAUGGUACUGUGGUUUCUCAUUUCUAGUGUGUGUAGAGUUGGAAUAAAUUAGACAUUUUGAAUAACGUAGAUAAGUAGGAUCAUUGUCUUAGCAGCUUCAUGACUAACUGGUGUCAAAUUUUCUAGAUUUUUUCCCCUUCAUUAUUUGUUUGCUUGCCUGAGUUGAAUGAAAAGCUGAAGGCUCCUACUGUAUUUUCUAUGACUGCUGCCCAUGCUUUGCAACUUGAUUGGGUACACUUGGGUGUAAAUGGAAUAAUGCUAUGUUGUUGGGUACACUUGAUUGCUGAGAAGAUAUUCCUGCUGGAAGAGGGAUGUGUAUAAAGCAAACAAACCCCAAUCUGCAUUGAAUCAAGAGCUUUGACUAGAUUUCAUCUGCUAAUAACCUAUUUAUUUUGAAGAUUUGUACCUAACCAUUUGUUAAGAUAAGUUAUGAGAAAUAGUUAUGCAGAUGGCCUAUACGGCAUUUUUCUUUCUUUAGGUUUUAGAAGAGGAAAAUUGGAGUUGAUUGAACUGCAGAACUUCUUGAUGGCAACUUCUGAUUAUUCAAGAACAGAAAUUCUAAAACA